AUGUCCGGAACUAGUGCAGAGGGCCAAAGUGCCGCCCAGUCUGAGGGCGGUGGCGACGCAAGCACAGAUGCGGCUAUGGCGGAUAUGACUGACCAAGAAAAGGCCAUGGCCAUUGCCGAGCAGGAUCUGCAUCAGUCACGCAAGCAGUCCUACAGCGGUACUGUGCUCGUGUGGCUGGCCUUCCAGGCGACGGGCGUCAUCUACGGCGACAUUGGCACCUCGCCCCUGUAUGUCUUCUCGUCUACCUUCUCGUCUCAGCCUUCCUGGGAGGACCUCGUCGGCGCCCUGUCCAUCAUCAUCUGGGCGCUCACCCUGAUCGUCACCGUCAAAUAUUGCCUCAUCGUCUUGCGCGCCGACGACGACGGCCAGGGAGGCACCUUUGCUCUAUAUAGCCUGCUGUCGAGGUACACCAACAUCACGCGCCGUGAUCCCAAGAUCGCGGCAGCUGUACAUCUCCAGAGAUACCGCACCAAUGACCUCAAAGCUGGUGGCAGAGGCCUUCGUGCCUUCCUCGAGAGGUCCAAGUUCUCGCAGUUCAUGCUCCAGUUCAUCGGUGUCUUGGGCGUGUCCAUGGUGAUGGCCGACGGUGUGCUUACACCAGCCCAGUCCGUGUUGGGUGCUAUCCAAGGCAUCCGUGUCGCCAACCCGGACCUUGGGACGUCUGCCAUCGUCGGUAUCACAUGCGCCAUCUUGGUGGCUCUAUUUCUAAUCCAACCCUUUGGGACCUCGAAGCUCGGGACUACUUUCGCCCCCAUCGUCACCGUCUGGCUUCUUUUCAACCUCUGCUCUGGUAUUUACAACCUGGCUGUCCACGACUACACGGUCCUCAAGGCCUUCAGCCCGCACUACGCCUUUGCCUACCUAAUCCGCAACGGUCACGAUGGCUGGAAGUCACUCGGCGGCCUGCUCCUGGCGUUCACCGGCGUCGAGGCCCUGUUCGCAGACCUCGGUGCCUUCAGCAAGGGCGCGGUGAACAUCUCUUGGAUCUGCCUGGCCUAUCCGUGCCUGCUAUUCGCGUACAUUGGCCAGUCCGCGUACAUCUCUGGAGACGCGGCCGGGAUCGCCAUCACCAAUCCCUUUUUCUACACCGUCCCUCCGGGGACUUUCUACUUCAGCAUCGUCAUUGCCGUACUCGCGGCUGUUGUCGCGUCCCAGGCCAUGAUCACGUCGACCUUCCAGCUGUUGACUCAGAUUAUGAGGCUCUCCUACUUCCCUCACAUCAAGGUCGUCCAUACCAGCAAGACGUUCCACGAGCAAGUAUACAUGCCCAUGGCCAACUGGCUCCUGAUGAUUGGCACGGUCAUUGUCACAGCCGUUUACAACAACACCACCUCUCUUGGCAACGCUUACGGCGUGUGCGUCAUCACUGUCACUUUCAUCACCACCUGCAUGGUCGCCCUGGUAGCCAUCCUUGUCUGGCGUCUUCCUGCAUACAUCGUGGUUCCAAUUUGGGCCGUAUUUGCCGCCCUCGACGGGGCCUUCCUCUCGGCCGUCUACGAGAAAGUUCCCGACGGCGCCUGGUUCACCCUCCUGCUGGCCUUCAUCCUGUCCCUUAUCUUCACCCUCUGGCGCUUCGGCAAGGAAUGCCAGUGGAAGGCCGAGUCGAAGGACCAGCUGUCCGUGCCGGCCUUGCGGGACGCCUUCACCACCGUCCCGUCAAGCGACAAGUCGCCCGCGGUUCUCAGCUCCACGACCGGCGGCGGCCUGCCCCUCUCGACAGUGCCCGGCGUGGGCAUCUUCUUCGACAAGUCCGGCAACCCGGCCAGGCUGCCGCCGUCCUUCACGCAGUUCGUGCUCAAGUUCGCCGCCCGCCCCGCCGUCAUCGUCCUCUUCAACAUGCGGCCCAUGUCGGUGCCCUCCAUCCCCGCCGCCGAGCGCUACGUCGUCACCCGCGUGACCGGCCUGGACGGGUGCUACAGCGUCACCCUGCGCCACGGCUACACCGACAAUGUGCUGUACCCGGGCCUGGCGCGCGACAUCCUCUCCCAGAUAGAGCUCGCGGUGUCCAAGGGCGCCUCCCGCCGCCCGCUGGCCGCCGCCGCCGCCGACGCCGACGCCGAGCUGGAGGCCCUCCGGUCCGCGUACGGGUCGCAGAUGGUAUACGUCCUGGGCAAGGGCGCGCUGAAGAUCCGGGGCCCGGCUGCCGGUUCGCGGUCGCCCUGGGCCUACGUCAGGCCUGCGCUGUUGGGCAUGUUCCUCUGGAUCCGGGAGAACUCGCGCACCAAGCUUGCUGAUCUUGACAUCGACGCUGACAAGGUAGUCGAAGUUGGCUUCAUCAAGGAGAUCUGA